GCCGAUUUGAACUCUGCUCUGGCCAAUCACCAAGUGACUCCACCUUCUACGCUAAAAAACUCUAAUGCUUAGAAGCGCAAUCAGCACUAUAGAGAACACUCACUCAAUCCACCUCUGACUACCGAGAUAGAGAAGACCUCUGUGCAUUUUGACUCACACAGAGUUCAGACAUGCCUUCAGUGGGACUGGAGAUACUUGGAUUGGUUCUGGCUGUCCUGGGAUGGAUCUCAGCCAUUGUAUCCUGCGCCUUGCCCAUGUGGAGAGUGUCAGCUUUCAUUGGGGUGAACAUUGUCACAGCGCAGACCACCUGGGAAGGCAUCUGGAUGAACUGCGUGGUCCAGAGCACAGGACAGAUGCAGUGUAAAAUCCACGACUCCAUGUUGGCUCUCAGCCCAGAUCUUCAGGCCGCCCGUGCCCUCACUAUCAUCUCCAUUGUGGUGGCUAUCGUGGGAGUUCUGGUGGGCAUAAUGGGUGCAAAAUGUACCAACUGUGUGGAUGAAGAGUCGGCCAAAGCUCGGGUUAUGAUAGCCGCCGGAGUGGCCUUCAUCGUGGCUUCUCUGACUCAGCUGAUCCCUGUGUCGUGGUCUGCUAAUACUAUCAUCAUGGAGUUCUACAGUCCAAUUAUACCUGAAGCACAGAAGAGGGAGAUAGGUGUGGCUCUGUACCUGGGCUGGGCUGCAGCUGCAUUUCUGCUCAUUGGAGGUGGCAUCCUCUGCUCCAGUUGCCCCCCAAAACCUGAGAAAAGGUACGGGCCUCCAUCAAAGAUGAUGUACUCCCAAACUAGGUCGCUGGCCCCAAGUGGUCACGAUAGGAGAGACUAUGUCUGAACUUGCACCUGCUCUUUUCUCACACCUUUGCCAUCAUGGAAAAGACUGAUCAGAGAGAACUGGAGAGGACAGUCCUUUUAUAACCUAUAUAUCUGUCUUCAUGUUGAAAAGAUUGAUUGUAAUGCCCCCAUAUAAUGUAUGCCCUAUAGAACAGAGCCUACAUCAAACUUUCUUUGUUAAAUGUUUUGUAUGUAACUUUGAGGCUAACAACUGAGGCUAACAACUAUGUUAUUGAUGUGCCCUGUGUUUUAUACUUUAUGAAAAUAAUUGCAUAAUUUGUGAUUCAAAUUUAGAGAAUAGGUGACUCUGCAUUCAUACUGUAUUGACUGUAUGUUUUAUUAAAAAAAUCUUUAGUUUUGAUUAAGAAGUUCAACAAAGCCUGUCAUUAAGUCACAUAAUGCAGUUUUGUUAUUUAUACAUUUUGUAAAUCACUUUAUCUGAAAUGUGUUGAUGUCUGACAUAAUUUUUUUAUUUAAAGGCCUUGUUUGUUUUUAACACAAGUUUUCUUGAUCAUUUAAACUUUUGAAGUACUGUUUCAGGUUGUCUUUCAUUAUUAAGGCUGAAACAUUUCGUCAUUA